CUCCUCCGCCACGCACAAACGCUGGCAGCAAAGCGCCCCCAGACUCUCUUGGUAUCGGAUGCAGGAACCUGUGCGUAAGAACUCAGACUUGGAGGCACUCAAGAAAAGGUUGAGCAAUUGUUAUCCCCAAACAGAAAGGAAACACAUGCAUCAGAAAAGGUGACUCCAACAUACCCAAAGAAUAUGGCUGCGCAAAUACCAGAAUCCGAUCAGAUAAAACAGUUUAAGGAAUUUCUUGGAACCUACAGUAAACUUACGGAAACCUGCUUUUUGGACUGUGUUAAAGACUUCACAACAAGAGAAGUGAAACCUGAAGAGACCACAUGUUCAGAGCAUUGCUUACAGAAAUAUUUUAAAAUGACACAAAGAAUAUCCAUGAGAUUUCAGGAAUAUCAUAUUCAGCAGAAUGACGCUCUAGCAGCCAAAGCAGGACUCCUUGGCCAACAACGCUAG